UGCGCCCACGUAGCAUUUAACUGGUACUGCUGCUGUGUAAACGAAGAUGACAAGAACAUCGAACGCCUAACACCAGCGAAAAAAACAAAAUGGCAGCUCACUUGGGUGUCAGAGGUGAACAGAACAGCAGCGAUUUCGAGGCUGAAAAGUACCCUAGAGAAAUCGCCAACAAUCUUCGAGCUUUCCAAGAUUCAUUAACUGAAGUGGAGAAAGCCUUAGCUCCAUUAAAAAAGGCUUCCCUAGGGGACGUUCACAACAAGCUCCAAACGCUGGAUCGGGCCAAACUGGAGUUAGUGUCAGCCUACGCCAUCAACUCAAUGUUCUGGAUGUACCUGUGCACGCAAGGAGUUAAUCCACGAGACCACCCAAUCAAACAUGAACUGGGGCGGAUACAGAAGUACAUGAACAGAGUGAAAGAAAUUAUGGACAAAGAAAAUGCUGCCAAAUUGGACAAAGGAGCAGCCAAGCGUUUUGUAAAGGCUGCACUAUACGACGCAGCUGAAGAGAAACGGAAAGGCAAAAGGAAGGCUACAGGUGACACCGAGUCCGGCCCAUCUAAGAAAAGGUGACGCCACCCCCUUCACCAGUAGCUGUCCUCCUUGUUAUGCUUCAAUGUGGUUGAUGCUGAGUGCUGCACUGUCAGCAUGGCCCAACAGUCACAUCCAGUCAGCUAGAAAAGAAGGCAGAGAGACUGUGACGUUGACGCAGAGCCAGCUACCAGACUAUGGCUUGUUGAACAUUAUUGAUCGAAAAUUAAUAGCUGCUAUGUCACAUCAGUCUUACAUAGUGGAGGAGACAUUGCUCUAAGCUUUGUUCUGCUCUAAUAAGACUGCAACUUCAUUUUGCAACCGACAGUCCUAAAAUGCAUUGCUUGUUAUGUAUGAAAAGCCGAGAGAACAAUUGAUACAUGUAUCUAGUUGCAAGUGAGUCGGGUUGGAGGAAGUCCAAAGAAGGAAAAAUCUCCAUCUGUAUUUUCUGUUGGAAAGUAUCCUAAGACAGAAUGCUUGUGGUGUUGCGGUUUUGUCACAGGCCCUGUUUUCCUGGUUGCAAUGUGUGCCUUACAAGGCAGUGUUCCGAGGAGUGUCCUCGAGGAAAUCGAAUGUAACCCACUGGUGCAUCCUCUAUACUGAAGCAACCAUUGGACACGAAGUGCUGUCCACUCGUUGACUUGACGUACGUAGGGAUAAAUCGAAAGUACAUGUAGACCUUGCAUUGGCACACAUGCACACAUUUAUUAUUUUUGUAACCUUUUUAUUUGCAUCAACUUUCACACACAACGUGUUUAAAAGAUUCAAUCCUCACAGCAUGAGGUGGGCAGAUACAUUGCAUAUGACUUGACACAAUUUAGGAUCAAUGAACUUUAUAAGUGUGCACUGUUUUUCACCACGUUAUGGAGGUUUUGAAUGUGUUCAAGUUUGAAAGUGUUCCCAAUAAAGCCGGAAUACACUGUGAGAAAACUCAAA